UAAACCUCUCUAAAGCCCUCCGCUUGGAUCAAGUAACUUGAAAAUUUCCGAGUCUCAUUUUCCAGAACCGAAAAGUCCUAACCCUAAGUUCCAACAGUUAUCGCCCGUCUACUUCGAUGGCGUCCCGCUGUAGAUCUCUCUCACAACCUACAAUCUCUUUCCUCAAAUCGACAUUCACCAAACCCACCCUUAGGCCCAAUUCCGCACCUUUUCUUCCCACACUCAAGCCCAGCUCUUCACUCUCCGUUCCGAGGUCGAUUCCUCCAUUGGGUGCUCUUCAAUCUCUGCUUCCUCUCCACACAGCGGUUUCUUCGGCUCGGCUCACCUCGUGCCUCGGAGGUGAUUCGAGCAGCUCGAGGUCGUUGUCUCAGGAACUAGGUCUCAGUGUGCCGCGAUAAGAGCUUGAAGUUUAAUAAUAGUGAGUGGUAGAUGGAUCAGUCAUGUUACUCUUCUUGUGCUGCAUGCCCUUUUCACCAUCUGUUAAGAAUCAUUUUUGUCAGUUCUGUGUGGCUGGAAUAUGGCCGCAUCAAUUCGAUUCUCUGGCCAUAUUGUUAUUGCUAGAAUUCUCGAGAACUUCUGUUGAAUUGUCUUAGCAAGGGUUUUAUUGCAGCAUCAAUGUAACACAAUACCAUUUUACUGGUGGUCAAUAAAAAUCCUUUGCAAUGUGGUUUCUUGA